AUGUAUUCGGUGUGGCAACGGCUGAUAGCUGUUAAGUCUAUACAACUUAGAAAUCUUUCAAAACAUAACAAAUACUCUACACUAACUAAUACAGUACAAAUUGAUCUGCACCCUCUCAUAGCUUUGGGCUUACUCAAAAAAAGGGGUAUUACUCAGCUAACCGAACUCCAACGAGAUACCUACAUAUCAAUCGCUUCUGGAAUGGACGUAAGAAUAAAUGCAGAGACUGGAUGUGGAAAGACUUUUGCUUACUUAUUGCCCAUAGUGAACAAUUUGUACAUAGCCCAUGAUAUCUAUGAAAAUCUAAUACUGGAGAAUGAUGUCAAACAAUCGAUUGAAUUAUUGCCCAACGAAAAUUUUGGUACAGAACAUCAACUUAUGGGAAAUCACACAUUUAAACGGGAUCCAAACGACGACUUCAAACAUGUCAUGGAUUCUAAUUCGAUUGGUACAGUUAUGAAUCUGCCAAAAGUGAAGUCAUUAAGAUCGUCUUCUCGGUGCAUAGUAAUUAUUGUCCCAAAUAGGGACUUAACCAGCCAGAUUCUGCGAGAUUUGGAGGAUUUAGAUCCUAUGGGUAGAUUAUCCAUUCAAACACUAGUGAAUGUAGAUCCUACACACUCACCACGUUCAACAAUUACAGAAUCGCGUAUUUUUGAAACGAAAGAUGAUAAUAAUAUUAUUAAUUCAUCAAUAUCAUAUUUAGAUGAUUUGGUCACAGAUAAUCCACAACCACAACCAAAAAACAUGUUCUAUGAGGACCAGAUGGCACUGAUGCAGAACAUACCCACAACUGCCGUACAGGAUGUAAAUGUCGAGAUAAUUUCUCACAAAUAUGGCCUCAGAAGAACACAAAUGAGCGCCAUUUCUAAGCAUAAGUAUGGGGUUCCAGGUAUCAAAGUUGACAAAGUUGAAUACAUUAGACAACCCCAAAUAAUAUCUCCUCGUAUUCAAUGGGGAUCGGCAGACAUUGUAAUUACAACACCACAGCUGUUUCUAAACGAUAUAAUGCAUUUUAGAGACAUGAAUAUGUACCCAAGCAUUGUGGUAUUUGAUGAAGUCGAUAUGCUAAUGGAAAACAAUGCGCACAGGAGUAAUUUGAUGCAGAUUGUCAGUUAUUUACGUCCCAGGCCAAAAAUAUAUAAUCCACUUUUAAGUGGAUCAAAACCCAAAGGAUAUAUACAAAAACAAGUGCCUCCCUGCCAAUUUAUUAAUGUUGCGGCCACGAUCAAUACUUCCGGGCCUAUUACUUGCGGUAACAUGCUGAACGAGAGAUUUUCAACAAGUGUUCAAGUUAAUACACCAAAUGUCCACACAAUAAAUCCGUCGCUAAAGUUUGAAAAUCACGAAUUAUCAGAUGAGAACCCACACUUUACUGCGUUUGGCAUUAUAGAGAAAUAUUUUAAAAACACACCUUUCCGGGCUGUAAUAUUUUGCGAGUCAAUUGCCACUGCCAAAACCACCAGCAAAUACUUUCAAACCAGGGGCUGGCCCACACUGGAAUUUCACAGCAACUUAUCCUUAACAACUAGAUUGGCAAAUUUGGAUACAUUUUCCACCUUCACUGGGUCGAUCAUCAUCAUAGCAACUGAUUUAUUGAGCAGGGGGAUUGAUUUAGUUUCUUGUAACGUAAUUAUCAACCUGGACUUCCCCAAGGAUUGCAUAACCUACUUACAUAGAUUGGGGAAAACAUGCCGACUUAACCACCAAUUAGUGGAUGAACCCACGGUUGUAAAUUUCACAAAACCUUCUGACCAACAAUUGCUACACAAAAUCGAAGAAUUGUGGAGACAGAAAAAAACACUUAAUACUAUUUUUUCUCGAAAAAGGUCACUACACAAUCGUGCAAAAGCAGAAGACUCUAAAAAUACUCCAACAAAUGAAGUUAUAUCGACAAGUUUUAAAUCCAAUGCAGAUAAAAAGGUAUCAAAUGCAAUUAGGGACUCCCAAAUAAAUACAUUGCCUCCACUAUUAGCUCAACAACGAAACAAGCUUCUAAAUGAAUCGCCUAUUGAUAUAACGAAUGCCAGGGAUGAAAUGGACAUACCUAUAGAGAAGCUGUCCAUUAGGAACAGGAGGAGGCUUUUGUAUAGCAAUUAUUGUAAUUAUAAUUAA